UUGCAGCAGCAUCAGCACCAUUGCUACAGAACAUCGCGAUGCUCCAGCCUCUUCUUGUGUUUACAAUCUAUUAGGGAAGAUUUGAUUAUGAAAACCUUUAGAUGAUCCUUAUACAUGCUGAUGGAUGUUCUUUCUAUCGUACCAUACACAUAAAAGGAGAAGCGGAUGUUACAUAAAGAGCUCUGACAGGAAUCAAUUUCUCAUAAACCGCGAGGGCCUUAUCAGAGCACGUAGCGUCGUUUACAUCAAGAUUGACCAGGGCUCUUGUUUUAAUUUCGGUGAUUUCGGUGGUUUCAUGUGUAUAAAGGUGUAAGCUCUGCUCGGUGGGAUGCACAUCAGUGCUUUGCCGUACUCUCUCUCCGUUAUAAUGGCUGCUCUAUAUCAGGGCACGGACUCGUCUUCUCCGGAUAAAUAUCUGGCGUUAAAAGACGUCAGAGAGGUGAAGGAGGAGACCACUCUGGACGAGAAGCUCUUUCUUCUGGCCUGCGAGAAGGGAGACUACUACAUGGUAAAGAAACUUCUGGAGGAGAAACGACAUGGUGAAUUAAACAUUAACUGUGUAGAUGUACUUGGGAGAGAUGCGGUCACCAUUUCAAUCGAAAAUGAGAAUCUAGACAUUUUGCAGUUGCUCUUGGAUCAUGGCUGUCAGGCCACAGAUGCAUUAUUAGUGGCUAUUGAUUCAGAAGUGGUAGGAGCAGUUGACAUCCUGCUAAACCAUCGGCCCAGACGUUCCUCUAAACCUUCUAUUGCGAAAUUGAUGCAGCGCAUUCAAAACCCAGAGUAUUCCACCACCAUGGAUGUUGCUCCAGUCAUUCUUGCUGCCCACCGGAACAAUUAUGAGAUUUUGACCAUGCUAUUAAAACAAGACAUCUCUCUGCCACGACCCCAUGCUGUAGGGUGCGAGUGCACCCUCUGUAAUGCCAAGAACAAGAAGGACAGUCUCCGUCACUCAAGGUUCCGUCUAGAUAUCUAUCGAUGCCUUGCUAGCCCAUCCUUGAUCAUGCUUACAGAAGAAGACCCCAUUCUGAGAGCAUUCGAGCUCAGUGCUGAUCUGAAAGAGCUAAGCCUGGUGGAAGUGGAGUUUCGCAAUGAUUAUGAAGAACUUGCCAAGCAAUGCAAGAUGUUCGCCAAGGACUUGCUGGCUCAGGCCCGCAACUCUCGCGAGCUGGAGGUCAUACUGAACCACACGUCCAGUGAGGACCACGUAGACAAGAGAGGCCUACUAGAGGAACGCAUGAACCUCAGUCGCCUCAAACUGGCCAUAAAAUACAACCAAAAGGAGUUCGUUGCCCAGUCCAACUGUCAGCAGUUCCUGAACACGGUGUGGUUUGGCGAGAUGGCGAGCUACCGCCGCAAGCACACAUGCUUGAAGAUCCUGUAUGUUUUGAGCGUGGCGCUGAUGUGGCCUCUGCUGUCCAUCUGUUACCUGCUGGGACCCCGUUCUCGAGUGGGCCAGGUCAUCCACACACCUUUUAUCAAGUUCAUCAUCCAUAGUGCCUCCUACUUCACCUUUCUGCUCCUUCUAAACCUUUAUUCACUGGUCUACAACGAGGAUAAGAAGAACACCAUGGGUCCCCCUUUGGAGCUGAUAGACUACCUUCUCAUUCUCUGGAUUAUAGGCAUGGUGUGGUCUGAUGUGAAGCGUCUGUGGUAUGAGGGAUUGGAGGACUUCCUGGAAGAGUCACGCAACCAGCUGAGUUUUGUCAUGAACUCGCUUUAUUUGGCCACUUUUGCCCUAAAAGUGGUGGCUCACAGCAAGUUUAAUAAUGUUGGUGAAGAGCCAUUUGAAGACAGGAAAAAUUGGGAUGCGUUCCAUCCCCUCUUGGUUGCCGAAGGCCUUUUUGCGUUCGCCAAUGUUCUGAGCUAUCUCCGUCUGUUCUUCAUGUAUACCACCAGCUCCAUCUUGGGGCCUUUACAGAUCUCCAUGGGCCAGAUGCUACAAGAGUUUGGCAAGUUUCUUGGCUUAUUCUUGCUCGUACUCAUCUCUUUCACCAUUGGUCUGACACAGCUCUAUGGAAAAGACAAGGACCUAUCCAGCUCCAAAAAUAUAACCAAGGACUGCGCGGGCAUCUUCUGUCGAGAGCAGAGCAACGACACCUUUCACACGUUUAUGGGGACAUGUUACGCCCUCUUCUGGUACAUUUUUUCCCUGGCACAUGUGGCUCUGUUUGUUACAAGGAUUAGCUACACAGAGGAGCUGCGGUCGUUUGUUGGUGCUCUUAUCGUCGGUACCUACAACAUUGUUGUAGUCAUCGUUCUCACCAAACUCCUAGUGGCCAUGCUGCAUAAGAGCUUCAGACAGAUUGCUAACCAUGAAGAUAAGGAGUGGAAGUUUGCCCGGGCCAAGCUGUGGCUCAGCUACUUCGAUGACAAGUGCACACUGCCUCCACCUUUCAACAUCCUACCCUCUCCCAAGACCGUGUGUUACUUGGUCAUCAGCUUGAGCAAAUGGAUUUGUUCCCACACCUCCACAGGCAAGGUCAAAAGACAAAAUAGCCUCAAGGAAUGGAAGAACCUGAAGCAGAAAAGAGAUGAGAACUAUCAGAAGAUUAUGUGCUGUCUUGUUCACCGUUACCUGACCUCCACAAGGCAGAAGAUGCAGAGCACUGACCAGGCCACGGUAGAGAACCUCAAUGAUCUGCGGCAAGACCUCUCCAAAUUCCGCAAUGAAAUGAGAGAUCUUUUGGGCUUCCGCACCUCCAAAUAUGCCAUGUUUUACCCCAGAAACUAAGCCAUGUCCAUUUAUUUAAAGUGACCCAGCAUGCUCAACAAUGCUCUUCUUCUUUUUCUUUGGAAGACGAAAAAGUCCUGGGACUCUACUGGAAUAGUAUUACUGUAUGCUCUGUUUAUUCUACACCAAAGCCUGCAGAAUCAUAACUUGUGUAAAAUUCUUGCAUCCUACUUGUUUUCUAAAAGUGUAAUUCUUUACAAAUAAAUAACAUUUAUUAUGAAGAAUUUUUUUUAAUUGAACUUGCAUAAGUUCUUAGUAACUUGCAGUAUUUGAAUAUGUAAUUUAAGAUUAAUUCACAGUUAAUGUGUUGUAAAGACACAGUCUUCAACCCUGCUCCUAAAGAAUCUAGAGUAGCGUUAGUUCUGGCAGGUCAUGUUAGUCAAGCACUCUGAGCCCUAGGCAAUUUUAUCCAUGCUUGGCUGCAUGGAUGUGCAUGGAGUACUUGCCAAGAACGGAACCAAGAACUGGCAAUCCAAACUUUAUGCUAAUUGUCAAUCAUCUUUGACAGUAGUGGUCCUGACAGAACCAACUGUCCUGCAAUGUUCAUUUCUAACCUGCUUGUAAUUUUCUUCAUCUCAAGUGAUCAUGAAGACUUUGAGUGUUUUGUGUGUUUGAUUAGGGUUGGACCUAAACUACACAGGACAGAUAUUUUGACGCUGGAAAGAAACUCUUAAAAAUAAACCUGUUCCUUUCAAGAGUUUAUUAAGGAGUUAAAUGUUUGAAUAGUGCCCUUCAUAGUCAAGCACUCUGAGCCCUAGGCAAUUUUAGAAACAGAUGUUCUGACAUGAUCAUUUGAACUACUUGAAUAUUUUGAACCUUCCUUUAAAUCUUCAUUUCCAAAUCAGUUGAAAUCUGACUCUGGAAGAAAUGCCAUACAUUUACAAAAAACACAAAUAAACAGAUGCCAAAUAAAUCAUGAAGACAAUAUCCAAGAUUUACUGAUAAUGAACUUUAUUUUUUCUUUCAUAAAACAAAUAAUUUAUAACUUAACAUUCAUCACUAGGUAUCCGUUUCUAUUAAAAUAUUUUAUAAACAAAAUGCAAUAUAUCCAGAAUGAUUUCAAAGGUGUGCUACUUGUUUAUUGCCUUCUAGACAUCAUCAACAAAGCACCUCUAACUUUGCUAUUUGAUCAAAAAUCUAGAAAUAUCUUGUAAACUGUGCCAUUCAAAACACCAUCAUCUUGUUCUUUACAUUUUAGCUUUCUUCACCUGUCAUGCCUUACUACUUUUGUUCUUUCUGUCAUUUUGAUGCUCAUCACAACAGUAAGAAGAGAAGUAGGAACCAAUGUGCUUCAAUAGUCCUCGGGCUCCUCUGGAGAGGGCGAUGAAGGAAGUUGGGACAUGCAGGGCAAAAAAAAAAAAAAAA